CUGUCACUGUCCAGCACUGCUGCUCUGUCUCUCACACACACACACACACACACACACACACACACACACACACACCGCAGACAUUUAUGAAUACGUGAGGAAAAACGAGGUGACGAGGCACAAUGGCGGCAGCGUUACUGUCCGAGACGGAUAUUCAGCAGCGCUCCAUGUCGGAAGAGGACCCGAACGGGAACGAGCACGGAGCGGCCGCUCGCAGUAGCGCACCCCGCUGGGGCCCUCAGCACGCCGGAGCCCGUCAGCUCGCCCAUCUCUACUCUCCAGGAAAGCGGCUGCAGGAGUGGAUCUGUGUGAUCCUGUGUCUUUCUCUCUUCGCUGUCAACUUCGUAUUCCUCAUUAUCAACUUUUCCUCAGUGCCCAUCUACAGAAUCAUAUUUAACAUUGUGGCUGGUAUCGUAACGGCAGACUUUGCGUCGGGGGUGGUGCAUUGGGGAGCUGAUACCUGGGGCUCAGUGGACAUUCCUGUCAUAGGGAAGGCGUUUAUCCGUCCGUUCCGGGAGCACCACAUCGACCCUACGGCCAUCACACGGCACGAUUUCAUCGAGACCAACGGUGACAACUGCAUGAUCACCAUUCUGCCUCUCGCACACAUGACCUACAAGUUCCUGUCCUUCACACCAGAUGCCCUUGCCGAGUCCUACCCAUGGGAAUGUUUUGUGUUCGCGCUGGCCGUCUUCGUGACCAUGACCAAUCAGAUUCACAAGUGGUCUCACUCUUAUUUCGGCCUGCCGAGAUGGGUCACCUUGCUGCAGGACUGCCACUUAGUGCUGCCCCGCAAGCACCAUCGUAUCCACCACGUCUCCCCUCACGAGACCUACUACUGCAUUACUACAGGCUGGCUGAACUACCCUCUGGACUUGAUAGGCUUCUGGAGGAGGCUGGAAUGGUUGUUAGAAAGAUUAACAGGGCACAAGCCGCGAAGCGAUGACAUGGCCUGGGCUAAGAAGACUGACUGAGAUGAUAACAUCCGUGCUCCUCGUGCUCCUGUCUUCCUCGAGCAAGAGGGUCUUUCUCUUAGAGAGGAAAACAUGGGCUGAACGUGGGCCUUGAGCCUAUAUCCUCUCUUCAUCCACAAAUCUGCCUUCAUAGCACACCAUAGCACUGAAUACUCCAGAUACUGAGGGCUCUAAGGUCUGCUUGUUCGUCUCCAUGUCUGUUCCUACUUUACACACCGAGCUGAAUAAUCGAAGGGCACGCCUCUAACCAAAUCAAGCCACGGGUGAUUAGUAGUAGUGAUCGUACUAUAGAUGUUUUGUUUUGUCAUUUCAUCGCUGACAUUUGCUUUAUGGUAUGUUAGAAAUGUCCGUCCUCUGGAGGUUGGGCUCUUCAGAGGACAGGAAAAAACGAUUCGUUGCCAUCCAUUCUGACAUCAGCAAAACAUGCUUUUUUUUUUAUACAUAAGGACUCCAUUUGUCUAAGCAUGAUUGACCACUCAAGAUUUUUUGUGUCCAUUCGUUACAUGUCCUCUGCUUACAUUAUAAGGAAGAUUUCUUAAGUUCAUAUAUAAAGAAACUGUUAGUUCAAUCUUUUAUGUAUUAGUAUUCUUGCAGUGCCAGACGUGACCUUGAUAGAAAUCCUUUAAAAAAUGAUCGUAAAAAUUGGCCGAGGCUUUACAGACUUCGUACCAGCAGUAAAAGUUUAUCAUCCGAGGGUGGUGUAGUCAUAACGCAAGCAAAACACCAGCUUAACCUCGAGCAUAUUGCUCUGUUUGCUUCAGAUUUAUCUUUCUUGUAAGCCUAGCUGCCCAAAUCGCAUUCAUGGUCCCACACAGGUCCCACCUUGCCACAAAGGCGACUGUAAAGCAACUACAGUGGUACCUUGACACUUGACGUCAAUUGGUUCUGGGAGUGAAGUCGAGUUUUUGAGUUUUAAGGUAUUUUUCCCAUAAGGAAUGUGUUAAUGUGUUCCAUGGUCCAGUGGAACUGCAUAUAUUUUAAGCUAAUGUAAAAUAAUGGGGUUGUUUUGACACUUAUACACUAAAAAUAUGAAAAAUAUAAUAUAAAACACUGAAAUAUAAUUGAAAAAGUAAAAAAUCAAUACAAAGGCGCCAAGGUGGUGCAGCAGGAUUUUCCGCUAGCACACCAGUGCCGAGAUUAUGAACUCCUCGGUUCGAAACUCUGAGUUGCCACCGGUCUGCUGGGCUGGGCGCCAUCUAGCGGGCAUAAUUGGCAGUACCUGCAGCAGACACGUCUUUGCUAGUGCGGGAUGACCGGACUAUGUGGGUGGGUUCUUCAAACACUGUGUAAGGACCUUGAUUGGCAGAUAGAGGCGCCUGUGCAGAGUGCAUACUUGAAAAAGGGUUCAGCUAAGGGCUGCACGUGGGUCGGAGGAGGCGUGAGCAGCAAUAUACCCACUUCUACUGCAAUCAGGGAUCCCCCAGCAGCGGAAGACAAAUUGACUACGCUAAAUUGGGAGAAAAUGGGAGAAAAUGGGAGAAAAAUGCAUAAAUAAAAUUUUUAAAAAUCAAUAUAAAAAUACAAUAAAACCUGCACUUUACCUUC